GGAAGGAAAGGCGUCGCUGGCUGGGCAGCCGGAGGAGCCUCGGGGAGCGAGCCGGAGGAGGAGCGCGCUUGGCUGGGCGAUGGCGGCGCGGCGGGCGCUGCUGCUGCGCGCCUUGAUCAUGGGCCCGCCGGGCUCCGGCAAAGGCACCGUGUCGGCGCGCAUCGUGCAGCACUUCGCGCUCAAGCAUCUCUCCAGCGGAGACAUCCUGCGCGACAACAUGAACCGCAAGAGCGAAAUUGGUAUCCUUGCGAAGUCCUAUAUUGAUCAAGGCCAGCUGAUUCCUGAUGACAUUAUCACGCGGCUGAUGCUCAGUGAACUGAAAAACCUGGAGCGAAACAGUGUGUUGUUGGAUGGUUUCCCUAGGACUGUUCCACAGGCCGAAGCUCUGGAUAAAGUGUGUCCAAUAGAUACGGUGAUUGACUUGGAUGUGCCUUUUGAGACGAUCCGGCAACGACUCACUGCCCGCUGGAUCCAUCCUGCCAGCGGCAGGGUCUACAACCUUGAAUUCAACCCUCCCAAAGUCCCUGGUUGUGAUGAUAUUACUGGAGAGCCUCUUGUCCAACGGGAUGACGACAAACCAGAAACGGUUAUGAAGAGGCUGAAAUCUUACGAAACUGAAACCAAACCUGUCUUGGAGUAUUAUCGCCGGAAAGGCGUGUUGGAAUCUUUCUCGGGAACAGAGACCAACAAGAUAUGGCCCCAUGUUCAUCGUUUCCUUCAAACCAAGCUGCCUGAUAUCAGCCAGAAGGAAGCGUGUACCUACAGAUGAAGGAAGAUCCAUUACUGUACUGACAUGAUAGAAGCUGGUGGCCUUUGGCUAAGCUUCCAGAAAUAUAUUGUAUAAUCAACAGUAGACUCAUGGAGACCUGGUUGUUGUUACAAAUAGAAUGUGCCCGCAAUGACAAAUAGCCGACUUGAAAUCUCAAGAAAUGUCCACGUUUGUAAAUCUAGUAUUUUAUUUUAUUUUAUUUUUGUCCCCUGGUAUGUUGAUUUUAAAAGUGCUAAUUUUGUAUUAGAUGGACCUGCAUUUUGUAAAAGUAAUUUAAUAUUAAAUUGAUUUUUAACAAAAUACAGCCGAAGGAUCUCACGGUUUGUCAAAAGGAGGGUUCUGAUCUGAAAAAUGAAGGAUGCUGUUUUUA